AAAUUCAAAUGAGUCUGUCUUCAGAUUUCGGUAAGAAUACGCAGUAAACUGUGAGAUUCUAUUCAGUUUCAAACAUACAACUGUACUCUGCAGUAGUGUCAAUAAAAUUACACAUCAUAGUAAAAUAGCGAAUAUCGUUUAUGGAACGUCUAUAAUUGUGUCUGUGUAUAUAAGUCACCGUAUAUUUUAAUCAUCUACAGAUAAGAUAAAGUAAGUUAUUUUGAAUGAAAAUGGCUACGAUUACACAGCACACCCUCAUCGCAAUCUUUUUGGUUUUUGCCGUUUGUUGCAACUGCCAAUCAGACAACCCCAUCAGCGCUUCUUCUUCUUGCGAGAAACUGCAAAUCUCACCGGAUGCGUUAAGUUCCAUCGAGUACGGCAAUUUUCUCGUUGAAAUUUACGAACACGCCAAUAAUCGCAAGACAACGACAACUCCCAUCAGCGAGAAAAAAUAUUAUUAUGCCCCAAUUGCGAUAUUGGACCACAAAAGUGCUGUAAGUUCAUAUAACAACGUCACGAAACAGCCAGAGAUGAGAUUUCGCAUUGAAAUGUGGAACGACAAAGUCCAAAAUGAAGUGGUCAAACAUUUGAACGAGAUCGUCGGCCAUGAAAUUAAAUCCCAUACAAGUGAGACUCAUUCCUUUGGAGAAGGUCAUGCUCUCCAGUAACAUACCCACAGCCGAUUAUUCGCUAUCGUCAGUUUGGACGAAUUAUGACAGGAGCAAAACUUUGAGGCUGUCUCUGUCAUGUUAUGACCAGAAAGUCUGCGACGAACUGGCCAAUGAAAUGCGAUCCAACCCCAAACAAUUUGACCAUUUUAAACUCCUCUAUAGCUUAUCAUCGCAGAAGUCGCAAACCAAACAGACGACCAUCAGCAUCGACAGCAUCACUUCCGGUCAAUUAGUCACUACUCUAUUACAGAAAUUUGGAGACGAAAAAGAAGUUUUCCUGACGGCCAACGACGAGAAAAAAAUGUUGAUGGAAACGGCCACAAAUAUCCUAAUGGACACAUUUGACGACUCCGAGGUAGUGACUCCGGACACGGAGACUCAAAUUUUUUAUAUUUUAAAGGAUUUGCUGGUCACGUCCAGGACGACCAUUAAAGAGCAAAGCGACAAAAUGUGGAACUCUGUUUUCUGGGAUGAGGAAAAUUACCGACCGGACAAAACGACACAAAUGUUGAAUGAAAUCAUCAGCAAACUGGACGAAGAAACGCAAAAAAAACUGGCGGAUAUGUUUCAAAAAGUGGAGGGGCAAUCGGAAAUAAUAGAAAAAUCACCAGGAUGGAAUGAAGAACAAUCCAUAAACGAGAAAUGGGAACUUUCAAAGAAUCAUUCGGAUGGAAAAAAUAGCAGCUUAUUGGAGAAUAAAGAGAGAAUUCAACAUAACCACUCAAACAGUUGGGUUGAUGUCGACAGAAUAAGUUCACAAAUUUCAGAGAAAAUAGAAAACGAUUCCGACAGUUCUCGCCGGGUAGAGGUUUUGAAAGACGACGUGGUAAAGUUAUUACAAGAAAGCAGAAAUCACGUCCAAUGGGACGGAGAGAAAUUCGUGCCCAAACCCAUGCAGCUGGGCAUAAUUAAUUUGCACCAAUUUCGUGACUCUCAGUCCUUUCAGGAUCGCAAUGUCCGUGUCCGUUACACGAACGCUGAAUUGUCGGCGCCCCUUAAAUUUGUGGAGCAUGCAGAAUUGACUGUCAUUAACGAAUGGGACAAUUUGAAGGAAGAACUCAAAGACACUAGAGAACUCUUAAAAACAGCUGUGAUGAACUUGACGAAAAUGAGUACCGAACUGAGUAAUGUGAAGAGUGAUUUCACCAAUACGAAAAUCGAUUUGGCUAAUAAACUAGAAGGGACUAGACAGGAGUUGGUGAAAACCAAAAUCGAGUUGGAGAAAACAAUGUCCGAUUUUAGCAAAACCGUCGAUGAUUUAUCAGGAAAAUUAAAUGCUACGGAAAAUAAAUUGGCAGAAAUGAAGAUCAUAGCUGGAAAUUCGUCGUCAUCGGAGCUCAAAGAUUCAGCUAAAUUACAAGGAUUAGGUGACAGACAAAAAACCGCUGAAGAAAAUCUGAAAAAACAUCGGAAAGAUACUUUAAAUCAUUUGGAAACUAAAACAACAUAUUUAAACACAUCGAGAGCGGAAUUUGGUAAAAUACCAACCUCCUGUGCAGAUCUGCAGCGAAUGGGACACAAAGCCAACGGAUUUUACUUGGUGAAAGGAUCGGAGAAGAUGGAAGUGGUGGACUGCAAUUUUUACUCAAAUCAAAAUGCUGAUUUGCAGAAAUGGAUCGGAUACGCCGAAGAAAAAUCAGCGUCCGUCCAUUUCUACGUACAGAGAAAUUCUGAUUUCAAAAAAACUGACACUCCAAUUCCGUUCAAUUUGGCGCUGGUUAACGAGGGUAAUGCCAUGGAUAUAUCAUCUGGAAUAUUCACGGUACCGCGACCGGGAAUCUAUUUCUUCUCAUUCACGACAAUGUUGGUAUUUCCGAGGUCAUCACCCCGUGUUUAUUUAUACGUUAAACUAUAUGUGAACGAGUUUUCAACUACUACUGGUGCCGUUAAUGCGGCAAACACCGUCGCUAAUGAAUUUCGUCUGUUGGCCUUCCAUUCGUCGCGGAAAUUGGAAAAAGGCGAUGAAGUCUGGGUGACGAUUGAUUGUCGACCGGAUGCGGCGUAUCUGGUUGACAGCGUUCUCCACUUCACCCAUUUCACGGGUUUCAUGUUGGAGGAGGAAAUUGUCGCCUAGAGCUCUUGCUCAAACGUAAUGCGCAAAAUGAUAUUCGUCUGGCAACUGACACGAAAAUGAAUUUUUUCAUUGUAUUUUUUAAAGGAGAAGGGAAAGAAAUUCAUUCGGUUCUAAUUCAUUAAGGGGUGGGAAUUUCUCUACAGAAAUUUGAAUGUGUAUGCAAGUUAACUUACUUAAUACACAAACCAAU